CAGAUGAAAUGUUGCAGAAACGCCAUAGUUCAGUUUAGUGUGAACUGUUGUAGGCGACGAAACGCGCGGAUGACGUGGCGUAUACGUGAUACAGUGCGUGUAAAAGAACUAAAUUAUUUACAGCAAAUCUACAGUUAUCCUGCGUGCAACAAUGUUGCCUCAGUCUUACAUACAAGCAACGCUAGUAAUUUUCUUGUUCAAUCUAUCACAACUGGUCCACUGUCGUCCACAAGCCACGGCAGCAAACUCGGUUUCUGUUAAUCCGCUGCGCAAUGGCCGCUAUAUACCAGAGUUGCAUGGCGCCGAUCGUGGCAAGUAUACACCCGACGAAAGCGGCAAAUAUCAUCAUAUUAAAGUGCCCUAUGAUGGCGGCUAUGGCGAUCGUGGGCAGGUGUACGUGCAUGAUGAUCGUGGUCUGCCGCAGCGUCAGUUCGGCACGCUAAAUGGCCUAAGGUUGGGACCGAAGGAUCACUUGCGCUUCGCUUUGGAUUUCAAUUAUGACGGCAGCGGUUGGCAAAUAGUGCAGUUCGAGUGGGUGAAUGACGAUGAUGUGAAGAUGCAUUACGACUACAAGUAUGAAAAGCAAUUGUGGCCGACGGAGGAAGGAUAUGCGAAUGCUGAUGUGGCAGCUGAUUCGGAUUCUGAUGCGCAAAUGGAAACAUCGGAUGGCGAGACUAAUGUGCAUGUUUCGGGCGAGUAUCAAGAUGACAUCUAUAACGUGAAAUAUUCGGAUGAUAAUGCGCAAAAUACUCUGAGCCAAAUCGACAUACAAGCGACUAUAACUGAUGUACUGGAUUACAUUCAGACAAAUGUAUUGCCAACGCUCCCUUAAAGGGGGAUUAUUUCCCGUGGCGAAAACAUCCUACUCAUGCUAUUUCUAGCGACAUAAUUUUAUAUAUCUCAAAUAAUACUAAUAUAUUCGAAUAUAUUUUUGCUUUGGCAUCCAGCUCGACCUUGACCUUGAAAAAUUGGAACUCAAAACAUUUUAGUGACGUUAUUAUAACUUAAUCAUCUAUAACCGACAUCAGUGCCAGAUGUUUCGUCGAACUUCUCUUUCCACAUUGAUUGCUGAUUCGAUAUGGAGUCUUUCACCUGUUCUAAACAAUAUGUAUUAUUUGUGCUAUUAAUCGUUUACCAUAUACAGUGAUAAAUAUAAUUCAAAAACCUGCAAAAAGCAAA